UCUUCUUUUAGUUAUAGAUGAUUUACACUCUCAUCUCGCAGGGUUCCAUAUCUGAUAUCUGUACCUGCUGACGAAGACAAACAGAGCAGAACCGAGAUCUCCUCCCUCUCUCUCUCUCUCUCUCUCUCUGAGUCAGUUACUGUGAGGUUGCUCUCUGCGUUUACGUUCCACAGAGCGAUAUAUUAUCUUGAUGCCAUGAAGAGGGAAAUGCCAUGGAGCAACCAAGUGGAUGUUUUGUCAUCCGAUGAUGAAUCAGAUUCAGAGGCUGCUAAUGGGAAUGAUAAAGCAAAUACAAGUGAUAAGAAGACAAUCAAGAGACCCACCGAAGAAAAUAAAUUGGAAGGUGCAAUGAUCAGACGAGCAGAAAUGUAUCAGGAAUAUAUGAAGCAGAUUCAAAUUCCUUCUCAUCGUGCAUCACAAAUUCCUUGUCAUUCAUGGCAGGGACUGGCUAAAUCCAUCAAGCAGUUAUAUAGGCAACCCCUGCACUACCUCACCAAUGUCCUUCUUAAACAGUGGGACCAAUCAAGGGCUGGCACUGAUAAUGAACAUCAGCCGUUGGAUACCAUCAUUCAUUCUUGUAAAGCUGAAGCUACCAUCUGGCUCGUGGAAGAAAUCCACAGGCUUACCACUUCACAUCACCAUUUGGCAAGACUCUGGCUUUCAGAGCCCAUGUACCAAGCUUAUGUUGAUCCAAUCUUUCCACGGAUAUGACUGGUCCCAAUCCUGCCUGUUUCUGUACCGAAGAUUAGGAAACUGGGUGUUCUGUGAAAAUGUAUAGGUAUGGUUUUCAAUCCAGGCUUGUCUAUGAACAAAGAAGGUUAAUUUCUAUGAUUUGUUAGAUAUCUAGAGAUUUUCUUCA